CUCCCCUCUCCUUCUUUCAUCAUCAAGAAUCAUUCUCGUUUAAGAAUAAUCAUCAAUUCAAAUCCAUACAUAUCAACAAAAAUGGCAUACAGUUAUCACCAGGUUCCCUUUUGGGACUUCUUCAAUCCCCUCAAUCAUAAUGGAGCCGGUGUGGAUCAUCCCGCCGCAGGCUUCCCUUUCUCCGGUCCUUUCACCCCGGCCGGCAUCCCUGGUUUUGGGGGCUUCGCAGAUGAUCUCUUCACUGCCCGUCACGGUCGUCGCGCACGUCGUGGACGGCCCAGCCAGCGACGAGGAGCCUCUCGCGAACGCACCCCCGAAGCUUCACGAUCUGGAUCUCCCAACCCAGAGGAGCCUGAAGACGAAGCUAGAGACCCAUCUCCACGCAGACACAACCGCCAUGGCCCACAUCACGGAGGUCGAGGAGGCUGGCACGGACAUGGCCGAGGAGCCCACCGGGGUGCUCACCCAUAUGGUGGCCCAGGCGCUUUCGACCUGAGUGCACUCUUCGAAGCACUCUCCGGACACCCUAUCGCACAGGCGUUCCGCACCUUCGCCGAACAAGCUGCUCAACAGUCGGGUACAACGGCCGCCCCUACGACUAAUGACGAUGGGAAUACCUUCAUGCCACCCGUUGAUAUCUUCUCCACCGAUAGAGAAUAUGUCUUGCACGUAUCCCUGCCGGGCGCAAAGAAGGAAGAUGUCGGUGUGAACUUCGAUCCCGAAAAGGGCGACCUAAACAUUGCCGGCAUGGUAUAUAGACCAGGUGAUGAGCAGUUCUUGGAGAGCCUUACACAGAGUGAGAGGAAGGUUGGCAUGUUCGAACGCACGGUUAAGAUCCCGCCUGUCGGCGAGGAGAAGGUGGAGGUGGACGGCGAUGCAAUCACUGCAAAGAUGGAAGAUGGUCUUCUGGUUGUCACUAUCCCGAAGGUCGACAAGGAGUGGACUGAGGUCAAGAGAGUUGAUAUUGAAUAGUUGACGUUUUAAGCUCGCGGUUGGGUUGGCAAUGGGUUUC